AUGGCCGAGGAAAGCAACCGAAAUUUUCAGCUGCAAAACCUCUUCAAUGUCAAUCAAAAAGGUAUGAUUUUUCUAUUCCAAUUUGGCAAACCUUCUUUUCUAACUUAUGAAGUGGCCCUCAUCACCGGUGGCGGCUCAGGGAUUGGGCUAAUGGCAACUCAAGCUUUGGCUGUAAACGGUGCCAAGGUGUACAUCACCGGUCGCACGGAGGAAAAGCUUGAGAGGGUCGCAGAGCUGUAUAACAAAAAUAUUUCUGGCGAAAUUAUCCCCAUAUCGGCAGAUAUCACGGAUAAAGCCUCAAUUGACAAGCUUGUCAAGGAAAUCAGCUCAAACGAAUCAUAUCUCGAUAUUCUAAUCAACAACGCCGGAAUCGCAGCCGGUUCAUUGAAUACCGAACAUGAGGACCCUGAGAAGCUACGCGAGUCGCUUUUUGAAAGCUCGGGUGACGUUAGCGAGUGGGAUGGUAUUUUCCGCACGAAUGUCGCACAGCUUUUCUUUAUGACCACCGCUUUUCUGCCACUGCUUCAGAAAGGCACUGAGAGGGAGCAUGGCUGGUCUAGCACUGUGAUUAAUAUAACUUCAAUUUCUGGGAUCGUCAAAGUCUCUCAGCACCACUUCGCCUACAAUGCUUCAAAGGCAGCAGCAAUUCAUUUAACCAACAUGCUGGCACAUGAAGUCAUGACGUCGAAUCAGCGUAUUCGUGUCAAUCACAUUGCGCCCGGUGUGUUCCCUAGCGAGAUGACAACCAACAAGAGUAAUGAGAUACAAAAGAGCCAUAUUUCCAAAGAAAAGUAUGCGCAGAAGGUUCCGGCUGCGAGGCCGGGGAAGGAUGAAGAUAUGGCCAGCGCUGUUCUUUUUGCAUCCACAAAUCAGUAUCUGAAUGGCCAGUCUGUUGUGGUUGAUGGUGGCUAUGUGCUUGCUGUGGGCUCCCUUUAG